AGAAGAACAAUACUUUAGCGGUUAGUAAGCUGCAUUUUUUCCAUUAAAGGUUUGUGAGUGACAGUGGCAUUUCUGAGAGAUGAGGCUAGCUCAUCUGUAAUCUCCAACUCCCAACUAUCACACAUACCAAAGAGAUUAGCUUAAUGGCAAAAGCUAUCCUUUUGAGUAACAAGUGGUACAGCCAUGGACAACGCUCCUCCACCCUGCAAAAAUUCAGCCACGGGAAGAAAAUAGACAUCAAGGCAGUGACUUCGUCGGACUCUAAUUCGAAGAAAGCAAAUUUAUUUGCUGCAAAAAAGGAUAGAGUUAAACUGCCAACAUAUGAUGAUGUUCUUGGGGGCAAGAGAUACCCCAUCAGUGAAUUUCUAAGCCAACCUAGUGCAAUUGCUUCAGUACUGAACACGAAGGCCUUGCAGUCAUUUCAAUCUCUUGGUGCUAACACAUACAGGUGUGAACUGCCUAAACUUCGAUUUUUCAACUUUGAAGCUUCCCCUAUCCUGAAUCUGCGGGUUACCGCAACAGAUGAUGGGUGCUUGGUUGAGAUGAUUUCUUGUAAGUUUGAGGGUUCAGAAGUUGUGGAACAGCAAAACGACCAUUUUUCAGCAUUCAUGAUAAAUCACAUGACUUGGGGUGGUGCUAAUGCUGAAUCAUUUUUAGAAGUUGAUCUUAAGUUAAAUCUCACACUUGAGAUCUACACACGCCCAUUUACCAUGAUGCCUAUUUCAGCUGUCGAGGGUCCUGGAAAUAUAAUGAUGCAAGCUUUAGUGGACAAGCUCGUGCCACUGCUACUUCAGCAGAUGUUGCAAGAGUAUGAUGAAUGGGUUCAAAAGCAAUUGGACCUCCUAACUUAGGCUUUUAGUUAAGGAGAAGCUAAUGAGGUACCAGCUAAUGAUCAAUUCUUUUUUUCGUGUAUAGCAAAAGAGAGGGAGGGAGAAUGUUUAGAUGAUUAAGAAAACUGGGAGGAGAGAAAAAUGAAGGAUGAGAAUUUGAUUUCUACGUUGUCUGUAUAUUAAAGAAAAUUGUGAAGUAGUGCAGUCUAGUAAUAGAUUUGAAUUUGUCAAAUGAUGAGUUUUUGUUGACACUCUUUCCACACCUUCACCUUAUCAGAAAAGGGGGAAAAAAAUAAUUAAAUGUGAGAUAUAGUAGGUAAGAGAGAUAAGAAAACAAAUCAAAGAAAUAUAUUGAAACAAAAAGAGAGUGUGAAUGAAUAAAAAGGUUGAAGAGAAGUGUACAAGAAAAUAGCAUCCAAUUGGUCAUUACGGAACAAGACAUUCGGGGCAUUGGAAUGGACAACUAGGAGAAUAUCAUUACAAACCUUAAACGCUAAGAAGCAUGUCUAACCAUAUUAUUAAAUUGGCAAGUUGUAUGCUAUCAAGCUCACGUCGACCCUUCUUUUGUCUCUCUUAUUAUAUGCUUUAUAUUAUUGCAACCCUCAAUCUGUUGAAUUUGAUAAAACAUAAAGAAAGAAUGAAAUUAGUCACUACUCACUAAGAACUCGUUUUAAUAUCCGCUGUAA